ACGCAAUCUACCAGAACCUCAGCCUCAAUAUGCGCAGACUCACUGAUCUCAAAUGGCCCUCACGUUACAUUGUUUCUAGCGUGCUCUGCUCCUUUGGUGGUUUCCUCUUCGGCAUGGACACAUCCAUCAUCGGACCAGUCACUGUCAUGGAUAAGUACAUAGCUGACUUUGGCACUGCUUCUGCCAUUGUGCACGGCUUGAUUGUCUCGUCAAUAUUGAUCCCUGCCGCCAUUUCAUCCUUCUUUGCAGGCCGAGUGGCGGAUGCAGUUGGACGAACCAAAGGCAUCAGCCUUGGUGGCCUGAUUUUCGGUUUUGGUGUAGUAUUGCAAGCGGCCGCUGUGCAUCUGGCCAUGUUUAUCGUGGGUCGAGUGAUUGAAGGCAUUGGCGAGGGCAUAUUUCUGGGAAAUCUAGUUGUCUACAUCUGCGAGAUUGCACCACCUCGCCUGAGAGGACCCCUUACAUCUUUGCCUCAGCUGCUAAACACUGUGGGUCUAGUCGUGGGCUUUUUCACCUGUUAUGGCUCACGUAACAUGGAGUCAUCACUAGCAUGGCGCCUUCCCUUCGUGCUUCUUGCUGCAUUCUCCUUCAUCUUCGCAAUUUCCUCACUGUUCUGGCUUCCCGAAUCCCCGAGAUGGCUCGCUAUGCGUCAUCGAGAGGCUGACGUGGCCAAAGCGUGGGAUAUCCUAGGAGUAGACAGCGCAGAUCGCGAGAAGAUCGAGAACGGGCACGAGCGUGCGCUUAUGUCCGCUGCCAUUUCAGGUGAUCCAAUUGGACAACCCGGAACUCCUAUCGUUUCAAGCCCUGUUCCAGUCACAAAGAAGUCUGGCAUACUGGAUGCAUUUGCUCCGGAUGUUCGUGCUCGUACAAUGCUUGGUAUAUUCGUCUUGGGCAUGCAGCAGAUGAGUGGUAUCGAUGGAAUUCUCUAUUAUGCUCCGUUACUCUUCCAACGAGCCGGACUCAGUUCAUCCAGUGCUUCCUUCCUAGCAUCUGGUGUAUCCGCCAUAGUGAUCUUCAUUGUCACGAUCCCAGCUCUCAUCUGGGCCGACCAAUGGGGUCGACGCCAGAGCACCAUCUAUGGUGGCUUAGGGCUUACCUUCCUUAUGUUUCUGAUGGGCGGUCUCUACGCGAGUAAUGCGGUUCACGAAACCUAUGGUGCCGGCCGAUGGGUCGUCAUUGUCUCCAUCUAUCUCUUCGCUGUUAUCUUUUGUAUCUCUUGGGCCGUUGGCAUCAAAAUAUUUGUCGCCGAAAGCCAGCCACAACGCACGCGUGCGAGCGCAACUGGACUAGCACAUGGAAGUAACUGGGUCACUAACUUCCUCGUCGCGCUUUCCACCCCGAUUCUUCUCGAUCGCAGCACCUAUGGUGCCUACUUCCUCUUCGGCGGUUGUACUUUGCUCACUGCCGUGGUCUGUAUGGUUUGGAUGCCAGAGACUAAGGGUAAAUCUUUGGACGAGAUUGAGUUAGCAUUCUCACGCAAGGCGCCUAAUCUUAGAACAUUCCUUAGACUUACACGAACAGGUGGAUAGAUAUUUUGAUUAGGAUAUAAGCGAAAUAAACUACUCUAUGGCCGUUGCAAACACAUUUGUUAGAUUCAUAGAGCGGAUACAUAGAAG